AUGAAGGGCCCGAUCGCCAUCCUGGGCGCGCGAUCGCUACUCGGACGGCAUGUCGUCAACAUCUUCCAAGAGCUGCACCCCGACGUCUGCCUCGAAAUGUGGACCCAGUCGGAUGGUGUUGGCAACGUCAAUUCGGUGAAACGUCUUAUCGCCUGCAUCUCCGAGGCCGAGCUGAUCAUCAACUGCCACGAGGCGCGCGACCUGUCGAUGGCGCCGGACCGCGAGGCCCUGCAUUUCCACAAUGAGCAAUUCGUCGCCGAGGUCUUGCGCAACAGCACGGCGCCGAUCAUCCACAUUUCGUCGACUCUGGUUCAGUGCUCCGACUUCUGGCCGAACACCUACGAGCCGGAGCGCGAGGCCAGCAAGUACGGAAUCGCGUUGGCCGUCAAGGCUUACUGCAAGUCGAAACACCUCGCCGAGCAAGAACUGUUCGCCUCGCACAGAUCGGCCGUCGUCUUACGGAUCCCGUUCCUAUACGGCGAGGAGGACUGGGGCUCCCCGGUGACUGAUGCGGUGAUGGCCGCCAACAUUUUCGGCUCGAUCCCGAAUAUUGGCGAUCGCGGCGGCGCUUUUCAGAUUAUUAUUGUUGGAGACGAUACUCCGGUCGGUGAUGUUUACGACAACGUCGUCGAGGCGGUGGCAAAGAACCCGAAACGCCCAAUGUCUACCUACAAUCUGCCGUUCUUGCCGCUCUACUACAUCUACCUCGCCAUCGGCUGGCUGCUGCUCGCCGUCAACAAGAUCUUCGACGUCAGCGGCUCGUUGAGCAAGAUGCCGGACCCCUCAUUGCUGUACCUCAUCUUCCAUCACUGGACCUUCUUCAAUACGAACAAGUCGACAAAUCUGCUGCCCGACCACGAGGAGCUGUCCCGUGAAUACGUUGUAAAGAAAAGCCGCGAUCACUAUGCCUUGAUGAACCCGAAUCGCGUUCGCACCAGCUGGCAGCUGCACAUCGAA